AUGAAGAGCCUACUUUUCCUGGUGCUGAUUCCUUUCUGUUGGGCUGAUCAUACUGCUGCCAACUUUACUCUGGAGCAUGACAGAAUUAUCCAUAUCCACGAAAAUGGACCUCACCUCCUUGUGAAAGCAGAACAAACUAAAGUCUUCUCACGCCGGGGUGGCAAUAUUACACUGCCAUGUAAAUUUUACCGUGACUACGUAUCAUCUGACUCAGGAGCCCACAAAAUUCGGGUCAAGUGGACCAAACUCACCUCAGAUUACCUCAAAGAAGUGGAUGUCUAUGUAGAAAUGGGAUACCACAGAAAGAGCUAUGGCAAUUACCAAGGAAGAGUCUUCCUAAGGAAAAGCUCUGAAAAUGAUGCAACUCUUGUGAUCACCAAUAUAAUGCUGGAGGAUUAUGGGAAAUACAAAUGUGAAGUGAUUGAAGGUUUAGAAGAUGACACAGCUGUUGUAUCUCUAGAAUUAGAAGGCAUUGUCUUUCCUUACUUUCCACGACUGGGUCGCUACAACUUAAACUUCUAUGAUGCACAGCAAGCCUGCCUGGACCAGGAUGCGGUUAUAGCUUCAUUUGACCAGCUGUAUGAAGCAUGGAGAUCAGGUCUAGACUGGUGCAAUGCAGGCUGGCUCAGUGAUGGGUCUGUCCAAUAUCCCAUCACAAAACCCAGGGAGCCUUGUGGUGGGAAGAACAUGGUGCCUGGAGUCCGGAAUUAUGGCUUCUCAAAUAAAGAUCAAAGCAGAUACGAUGUCUUCUGUUUUACAUCCCAUUUUAAUGGCCGUUUUUAUUAUCUAAUACACCCAACCAAGCUGACCUAUGAUGAAGCAGUGCAAGCCUGCCUUAAAGAUGGUGCACAGAUUGCUAAAGUAGGCCAAAUAUUUGCAGCCUGGAAACUCCUGGGAUACGACCGCUGUGAUGCUGGCUGGCUGGCUGAUGGCAGUGUCCGGUACCCCAUCUCCAAGCCAAGGAAACGCUGUAGUCCUAAUGAAGCAGCUGUACGCUUCGUGGGCUUUCCAGAUAAAAAGCACAAGCUCUAUGGUGUCUACUGCUUCAGGUCAUACCAGUGA